AUGCCUACUCCGACUCUUCCUUCCUCCCACUCAUCGCCUAAAUCUUUACCACAACCUUUGAUCUCUUCUGCUCCGAGAAAAAUGUCAGUAGCAGACCCCAUUGGUAGCCAGCGUUGGGGAAUCAACAUGAAUCAAGGGUUAUUCUCCAACCCUUCCCAGUCCAACACUCCGACCGAUCGUCCAUCCAGUCUCAACAUUCAGUCCAAUCUCGCCAACUCCAAAGCUUCUCAUCCCGUCGGUGUCAUUGGGAGCUCUCGACCCGGUUCCCGCGUCGACCAGACUCAUUUGAGUGUUACCUCCCAGGUCCCUAAACCAUCUACCCUGCACCUUCCUGCGAGUGCGACCGGUUUGGGAAAGGAUCGUGAAGAUGCUGAUCAUCCUGUUGAACAACUCUUCAACUCUUCUAAUACCUCUGCUGGAUAUACCCUCAGCUCGAGCAUGUGGGCAACACCUACCUCGUGUAUCCCUCCAACCCGACUUCACAAUUUCAACAAGAACACGAUCGCGCACAGGCCGACUCCACUUACCGUACGUGAGGCGGACCGCGAUGAAGGAGGAAUCUCUCAAACUCUACCGCUCGAUCAAUCAGCUUCUUGUGAUCCACCUCGUCAAACCAACGUUCACUCUGACCUAUCAAAGGGUGACUCCACUCCAUCUUUUGAUUCCCCGGAGCUGAGUUUCAGUCAGACUCCAUCUGCUUCCUCGACCACUCGCUCCCUGGUCGCUGGAGAUAGCGCUACGCGAACUCCUCUGAGCAGCUAUUUCAAUCCAGAUGUCGAGAAUGGCGAUCACUAUGGCUUGGGUUUCAAACGUCCCUACUAUGCCAAUUCUCCGGUCCAAGGAUUUGGCAAAGAUAACAACCAUCAGACGUGGCCUCUACCUUUGUCUUUUGGAGAAGAAGCGUUCUAUUCGAAGUCAAAUGUCACCAAAUCACAGAAUUCUGCGACCGGUACUUUUGCUCCGCCGCGGCGUGAGGCCUCUCCUGGCUUGUGGAAAAUGGCGUCGCCUUCCCACCGUCCCUCGGCGACUGGAUCUUCUCCCCCGAAUCCCGGCUCGCAGAGCGCUCUAGGCUCCCCAUUUCUAGCACCGCAAUAUAUCACCGACUUCAUGAAUGCGAUGUUCUCUAGAGUUGAGCAGCUGGAACGAGCUCUAGCUGCACAGGAUCUAGCCAUCACCCACUUGAAAGCCAACCUCAGCUUGUCCGGAGGCCCAGCUGCACCUCUCAAGAAUCCGUUACCGAACAAUGUCGUUAACACUUCUUUUCCUGUCAUUCCGAAUGGCAGGAACGCGAACCAAGGGGGGCAACAGCCUCCGUCAACCAUCAACGCCGGCCAGAACGGAUCGGUUCCUCCUCUGAGUUCAACGCCCGUUUCCACGGGACAUCCACUGCCCCCCCAUCGGAUGAACACGGCCAACACUCCUCCGGGUAACUUCUCGGAAUACAUGAACAAUCUCAACGGUAACUUUCCCUAUUCCAAGCCGCCCGGGUUCGGACCGAGACAGAUGGGACCGUUGGACUUUGCCAUGGGUCGAACCAACUCAUUCGCGGGCACUGGACCUAUCCUGAAUCCACCUAAUUCAGCUUCCAUCCCGGUGCCCACCAGUGCUUUACCGGGUGGGCUAGGGGGAGUAAAUUACAGGGCAUUGUUGGCUGGGGAUACGGAUUGCGACUAUGAGUACUUCAUCCGGAGGAUAACUGAACACAAUGACCAACAAUCGAGCAUAUUUCUGCAACAGAAGCUCAAGCAAUCUGCGGUGGCAUCUUCGACCGGCUUUGAUGCUGCUCAUGCUCCAAAUCUUUCGUCUGAUUCCAACGCCCCCAGGGAAGAAAUCACUCGUCUAGUGAUUGAAUACAGCUUAGAGCUGAUGUCCAACAGAUUUGGUAACUUUUUGGUUUCCCGAGCCAUUGAACAUGCCACUCCGGAAGAGCGUAUGCAGAUGGCAGAGAGCAUCAGGGGUCACAUCAUUCCUCUGGCUUCAGACACGUUUGCCACACAUUGCUUACAGAAGAUGAUUGACGUCGACGAGGAAGACAACAAUCAGAUACGAUGGCUGAUUUCACAAGAAUUGUUGAAGAAGAAAGAGACCGUCACGCAUAAGAGCGCCGGUCAUGUGUGGGCUCGAUUGCUCAGUGUUGGUGGAUCAUCGAGUGCGAUGCAUCUGCAUGUCUCGGGGCUAAAUGUCAAGAAGCCGAACGGUCUCAAUCAAUACGGGUCUGGAGUUGGAAGUCCUGGGGAGCUUGAAAGAAGUCUCAACGAAUUGUUGAAAGGUCAAUGGGCAAAGACUGCCAAAGAUGAAGUAGGAUCUCUGAUUGUGCAAAGCGUUCUCGAAAACUGGAGCGAGGUCGAAAAGACGGACGUCAUUGAGGAGCUCCUCGCGGAAAUCUAUAGCUGCGCGGUCCAACAAUGGGGUAAUUUCGUGAUCCUGCAUCUAAUUGAGCAUUCAUCGGGUGAAACUCAGAAGAGAUUGUUUGAUCGAUUGACGGAAACCCAAUUGGCUUGUGAAUUAUCGAUUGAUAACUUUGGAGCCAAGGCGAUUGAAAAGGUGAUGAAAGUGUCUGGGAUGGAUAGCCCGAUUGUUGAGAGCUACGUUCGUGGAAUAUGUGGAUAUGGCCAUGGUCGUCCGGCACUCAUCGAGAUCGCUUGUCAUCAAGCAGGGGCACAGGUCCUUACCCUUCUCUUCACUUCUGCCCCGAAUCCGAUUCGUGAACUCAUGAUUCAGACUGUGAGGCGAAACGGUGUGACGAUGAAGUCGUCAAAAGCAGGAAGCAAAAUAUGGUUCUUAGUCGAGAGAACUCGAGCAUGGGUAGGUCACUAAGAGUGACUUGUUAUAGCAUAUCGUUACGCCCAGCGCUUCCAGACCUGCUUCUACAAUCUCUUUUUUUCUUUUAUUAUUUCUACAUAAAGAUAUCUUCAUUGGGGCAUAUAUCUUCAUGAAAACAAGGUGAGGAAGCAUUGUAAUGGGUUUCAAACCGCUGUCUUGAAGUAAUGUUCUCGUCCUGUAAGGUUUAACUUUGUAAUUGUAAUAUGUAUUCAAGUUGGAUCCAUGAACCUAUAUUUUGGUUAUGUAUGUAUAUAUUUGGUUGUUUUUAUGUUUUACUAUUCUCUUUUGAAAAUGGAAAAUUGGUAAUUAUGACGAUG